CUGGACUAAAACAUGCACUUGAAUGUGGAAAGUUAUUAAGUAGCCAGCUAGCUCUGUAGGUCAGCAUUCAUAACCCCUACUUUUAAAGGCCUUGACAAACAGUGCUAAAGUUCUCACCUUAAACUUAAAUUCCUUGGGCUCUUAGUACCUGUAAACAUGUACCCAACAUUCCUUCCCCUAGCAUGCACUUUACGAGUCACAAGGAGCCAUUAUUAAUGCAUGUCCUGGUAGGAAGCAUAACUUACAGAGAAGCUAGUAAGUUCUGAGAAAGAAGGAAAUAAACACAGGCACCAAACCACUAUCCUAAGCUGACUGUCCUUUAAAUAUGUCAAGAUCCAGACUUUUCAGUGUCACCUCAGCGAUCUCAACGAUAGGGAUCUUGUGUUUGCCGCUAUUCCAGUUGGUGCUCUCGGACCUACCAUGCGAAGAAGAUGAAAUGUGUGUAAGUUAUAAUGACCAACACCCUGAUGGCUGGUAUAUCUGGAUCCUCCUGCUGCUGGUUUUGGUGGCAGCUCUUCUCUGUGGAGCCGUGGUCCUCUGCCUCCAGUGCUGGCUGAGGAGACCCCGAAUUGAUUUUCACAGGCGCACCAUGGCAGUUUUUGCUGUUGGAGACUUGGACUCUAUUUAUGGGACAGAAGCAGCUGUGAGUCCAACUGUUGGAAUUCACCUUCAAACUCAAACUCCUGACCUAUAUCCUGUUCCUGCUCCUUGUUUUGGCCCUUUAGGCUCCCCACCUCCAUAUGAAGAAAUUCUAAAAACAACCUGAUUUUAGGUGUGGAUUAUCAAUUUAAAGUAUUAACGACAUCUGUAAUUCCAAAACAUCAAAUUUAGGAAUAGUUAUUUCAGUUGUUGGAAAUGUCCAGAGAUCUAUUUAUAUAGUCUGAGGAAGGACAAUUCGACAAAAGAAUGGAUGUUGGAAAAAAUUUUGGUCAUGGAGAUGUUUAAAUAGUAAAGUAGCAGGCUUUUGAUGUGUAACUGCUGUAUCAUACUUUUAUGCUACACAACCAAAUUAAUGCUUCUCCACUAGUACCCAAACAGGCAACAAUUAGGUGCUGGAAGUAGUUUCCAUCACAUUUAGGACUCCACUGCAGUAUACAGCACACCAUUUUCUGCUUUAAACUCUUUCCUAGCAUGGGGUCCAUAUAAAUUAUUAUAAUUUAACAACAGCCCAAGCCGAGAAUCCAACAUGUCCAGAACCAGAACCAGAAGAUAGUAUUUGAAUGAAGGUGAGGGGAGAGAGUAGGAAAAAGAAAAGUUUGGAGUUGAAGGGUAAGGGAUAAAUGAAGAGGAAAAGGAAAAGAUUACAAGUCUCAGUCCAAGAGGUUUUAUGCCCCAACCUAAAGAGGAAGAAAUUGUAGAUAGAAGGUGUAGGAGAUUGCUGAAGAUAUGGAGCACAUAUAAUGCCAACAGGGGGAGAAAAGAAAAGUUCCCCUUUUACAGGAAUGAAUGUGGCCUCCAUAGUCCAUAGUGUUUCUCUGGAGCCUCAGGGCUUUGCAUUUAUUGCAGCAUCAUGCUAAGAACCUUCGGCAUAGGUAUCUGUUCUCAUGAGGACUGCAGAAGUAGCAAUGAGACAUCUUCAAGUGGCAUUUUGGCAGUGGCCAUCAGCAGGGGGACAGAAAAAAACAUCCAUCACAGAUGACAUAUGAUCUUCAGCUGACAAAUUUGUUGAACAAAACAAUAAACAUCAAUAGAUAUCUAAAAUUUAGCUUGACCAAACGUAUUUCCUAAUCUUCUUUUUCCAAAUCUGUUUUAUCCAAACCUUCCCCAUCUCAGUUAACUGCAACUGUUGCUCAGGCCAAAAAAUACUUGGAGCCAUAGAAGCUAGGGUAAUCCUUUUUAAUAAACUAGUUUUAGAGCAGUUUUAGGUCCGCAGGAAUAUUGAGCAGAAGGUAGAGAGAUUUAUUGUAUACACCCUGCUUUGACACUUACAUAACCUCCCCCAUUACCAACAUUUCUCACCAGAGUGAUACACUUCUUACAAUUGAUGUGCCUAUACUGACAUCAUGAUCAUCCAAAGUCCAUAGUUUAUAUUAUGAUUUACUCUUGGUGUUGUACAUUCUGUAGGUCUGACAAAUUUAGAAUGACAUGUACCUACCAUUAUAGUGUCACACAAAGUAAUUUCAACGCCUCUGAAAGUCCUCUGUGCUCUGCCUAUCUAUCCAUUCUUCCCUCCCUUCUAAAUCCAAACAACCAUUGAUCUUUUUAUUUUCUCCACAGCUUUGCAUUUUUAGAAUGCCCUAUAGUUGGAAUCAUACAGUAUGUAGCCUUUUCAGAUUAGCACGUAAGUUUCCUCUAUGUCUUUUCAUGGCUUGAUAGUUCAUUUCUUUUCAGGGCUAAAUAAAAUCCAUUGUCUGGUUUACCAAAGUUUAUGUAUGCCUUCACCUGCUGAAGGAUAUCUUGGUUGCUUCCAAGUUUUGGCAAUUAUGCAUAAAGCUACUGUCAAUAUCCAUAUGCAAGAUUUUGUGGAGACAUAAGUUUGUAACUUAUGUUUGUUGGGUUGUAUGUUUAGUUUUGCAACAAAACCACUAACCUAUCUUUCAAAGUGUCUGUACCAUUUUGGAGUUCUAGCAGCAAUGAACGAGAGUUCCCAUUGCUCCACAUCCUCACCAGCAUUUGGUGUUGUCAGUAUUCUGAAUUUUGGCCAUUCUAAUAAGUGUGCUGUGGUAUUCCAUUGUUGUUUUAAUUUGCAAUUCCCUAAUGACAUAUGAUGUAAAGAAACUUUUGAUAUGUGGAGUAAUCUUUUUACAAUGUAAGAAGCAUCAUUUACUUUAAACUCUAACUGAGGCACUCCACCUGAGUAAAGGAAAAUGUCAAAUUCCUUGACACAUGGCUCUAUAUGAUCUGUACUCCUUCCCCAUCUCCAUUCUUGUGACUUUCCCUGUUAUUCAUUUGUUCCAGAAACAUUGUCCUCAAACCUGUCAGGUACUAGCCUACACCCAUUUUGCAGUUAUUUUUGUCCACAACAUUCUUCCCCCAGAUAUCAACAUUGCUUCACCAACUCACCUACUUGAAUUCUUUGUUGGAAAGUCACCUUCUCAAUUAGGCCCAACCUUUCUAUUCUACUUUAAAUCGCAGCCUCUCCCAACCCUGACACUCUCAACCUCCUUAUACUAGAAACACUUUUCACUUUUCCGUAGCACUUAUCAUCUUCUACUAUGCUAUACAGCUGAAUUCUACUGGUAGUCUGGUAUGUUUCUUCCAGGACUAGAAUGUAAAUCCACAAGUGAAGGAAAUCAUUGCCUGAUACUAAAACUAAGUUAUAAAGUAAUGUUUCCUAGUUCUGGAAAUUCCCAAAAAACUGGAUGAGGGUUUAAUGGGGAUAAGACCUUACGAAAGCGAGGGUGAGUAAAAGCCAGAGACAGCUGACUUAGUGCUGUUAACAUAAUCUCACUUGUAUCCGCUGAUGAAAAAGAUCUGAAGAAGCAUGUGUUUAUGUACUGCAAUAAUCCCUGGUGUGUGUGUAGGGCUUUAUAGUGAACAAACUGCUUUCAUAUACGCUAUCAGAUUUUAUUCUAAUGACAAUUUUGUGAACUGGCUAUUCCUAACUUCAAGUUGAACAUGGUAGAAUGAAGACAUCUACUCUCUUCGGAAACCUACUAAGAUUAUAGGAAAGAAAUUAAACUGUUUUUAAUUCACAGAGACAGAGGUAAGAAGAUGACAGUAAGAAGAAAGUUAAUCAGAAGAUUUUAGUACUUGGAAAGAUGAAUGAGAUGGACACAGAUGGUUGUCAUGAUUCACUGAGAUUUUGAGUUUCUCUGCUUUGCUAAGUGUCAGGGAAGAAAUAGAAUGAUUAAGCUAAUAUUUGCUAUGGCAAUCCAGAAAUGUCCAAGAAUUAGAGGCAAAAGAAGUGAAGAGAAUUCUGAAAAUGAUGAUGAAGCUAAUCUAUAGGAAGACAGCAUUGCAGCAGCCCGAAGAAGAGCCAGUUCCAAUUGGAACAUAACAGCAGUGAGCUACAGGAAAUAAGAGGCAUGAUUAAAGAAAAAUAUAUAUGUAGCUUUAAUGUUAAAUUAGUAGUAAGUGGAAAACAGAGGAAGUGAAAAGAACAAGGCAUUUAUUAAAUCCAUGAAAAACAAAAAUUGGAUUAACUAUAAAAAGGUUAAGCUAUGAAAAUUACAAAUAAUUAGUACUGUUAUAAAUGGUUAAGCUAUGGAUAAUGUAAAUAAUUAAUACUUAAAUUGAUUAAAAUGUUUAAAUUAAUAUUUUAAAUAUGUAUUAUUUAUAUUAACAAGAUAGGCAAAGGGAAAAGGUUUGUGAAGGAAGGUGGCAGGAUACAGUAAGAAACCUAAAUGCUAAUCUGAGCUUGUGAAAAUUUAAUUAAUUAAAUUAUUAUUAUUUAUUAAUAAUUUAUUAUUUAUUAAUUUAUUAAAUUAAGUAUUAAUAAAUUAAAACCAAGUGGUGCCAAAACACAUCAUUUUAGAAUUAGAUAAUAAAUAUUUGUAACAAAAUACUUAAAGAGUUGAAAAUUGUUGUCUCAAGAAAUUGGACUCGGGGAUAAUGUGUGGCUUAGGUAUGGCAGAAAAGUACUGAUUUCUAUUUCGAUUCUAUAGUACUACUUCACUUUUAAAAUUAAGUUCAUUUAUUACUUAAAUAGAAAGAAAUAUAAAAUUAAACAAGUACAUGAUUUGGCAGUGUUAUAGCUUGUAAUUCCAAGCCAACAAAGGAAGUUGUACUCUAAAGAAGUAAAAAAUGUAAAACAUAUCUUCACGUAAUGGGGCUACAGGUGAUUUUAUUUUUUAUGUUUCUUGAUUUUCUAAUUGUUCAAUUAGACUUCAAAAGUAUAUAUAUAUACUUUUAUAGUUGAAAAGCUCACAAAUUCUGUUUUAAAAAAUAGACAAAAAGGUAUCUAUCUAUCUAUCUAUCUAUCUAUCUAUCUAUGCAUGUGUGUCUGCUUUCAUUUAAUAUAUGAGAAAGUGUGGACCCUGGAAGACGAUUUGACUUGCCCAAGUUGUAUAGCUAAUUAGUGUAAGAAACAAAACUAGAGACUAGGUAUUGACAUCUUUCAGUUCCUAUUUCAGGCAUUUUUCCACUAUGAUCUUCUAACUUUAAAAGUGACUAUAAUAAGUAAACAUCAGAGAAUGAUCAAUAUAACUACAUUGAUCUCAAAUGAGUGACUCUAAGAAAAAGUUUUUGUUUGUAUCCUAUGAGCUACGUAUGUUACACCCCAUUCGAUUUACAGAGCAGGCAGUGGUUAUAAUUAACCCUUAGAAAAGCGUAAGCACAUCUAGAAACAGAGCUAAUGAUUUAGCAGCUAAUUUGCUUAAGACAGUAGUGAAAGUCGGAGUUGAAGUAACUGGAAUUUAUUUUAAAGUUAAUUGCGUUUAUGAGUCAGUACACUUCAAACAAAAGCACCUGUUUGGUGUUGGUUGGUUGAUUGGUUUAUUUCUGUGUUUGUAAUAAAUAGAUUGAAUUUUUUUUCUUCCCAUGUUAAAGAACGUUAUUUAUUUAUUUAUUUUCGGAGACUUGAUUUUUUUUUUCUUCCCCUGUUAAAGAAUGUUAUUUAUUUAUUUAUUUUCGGAGACAGAGUCUCACUCCGUCGCCCAGGCUGCAAUGCACUGCAACCUCCACCUUCCAGGUAGGUUGAAGCAAUUCGCCUCCCUCAGACUCCGCACCCGCCACAACGUCUGGCUAACUUUUUUUUUUUUGUAUUUUUAGUAGAGGUGGGGUUUCGCCAUGUUGGCCAGGCUGGUCUCGAACUCCUGACCUCAGGUCAUCUGCCCACAUCGGCCUCCCUGGUAUUACAGGCAGAGCCACAGCGCCAGGCCAAGAAUGUUUGUUUUUUAAAAUGAGGGUUGUUUUUUUUUCCUUUUUACUAAUGAUUGUAGCAAUUUCUUUGAGCAUCCACCAGAGGGCAUGAAAGCCAAUCUAUGAUUCCAGCCCAUUAGCUAGAUUGGAUUUAAUGGCUAGAAGAAACUAUGAAGCUGAGUUACUACUGAUAUCAAAUUUUUGACAGACCCUAGCAGAAUGAAAUAAUAAUGAGGUUCACAUUUGCAAAAAGGUAUCUAGUUUCUUUCACAAGAAAGCUGAGCAUCAGGUGAGAUGCCUGGCAUCAGAAUGUAGAAAAUGUGAAAUAGAAACCAUCUUUCUGAGGAUGAGGCCUAUGAGUUUGAGGUGUCUACAAAGGUAGGCUAAUUUGUGCAUAUAAUGCCCACGUGGUACGCAAUAUCUACAACACUGGCCUUAUAGAUCUAACCUAUAUCAUUUUUACCUGACUGCAAGUUCCUUUUUAAUUUUCAGUUUUGUAGUUCCAAAUUUGUUUCAUUUACAUUAGCACCACAACUUUAUAAGAGACAACUUUAAAAUUCAAUAUCUUUCACAAAAAUGAAAUAGAGCUGGGAUAGAGUUAAAAUAGCAUUCAUGUGGACAAUAAAAUGAAACUCUCCCAGAAUAUUAUAUUUAAGGCAAAAUGUGAAAUUCUUCAAAAUUGUGUAAGAGAAAAUGAAAUAAUGAAAAUGUGUUGGCUAUAAAACCAUUCUGUUGAGAGUGAUCUAAAAAAAAAAGAAGAAGAAAAGAAAUUGACUAUACAUUCCAAGGGAAUCUUUUACUUUCAAAUUCAUUUUGCUUUGUGAUUUUGUACAAAAUAAUCCUAUGCAGGCAUUUUUGAAUGUUUAAUAUUAGAUAUGAUAAAAAGUACCAUUUUUGUUUUUCACAGAACUAGCUAUAGUUCUCUGAAAAUGAAAUAAAAGUAAUGCCUGCUUUACAGAAUGGAAUAGGUUAAUAAUAAACAAAAUGAAAUUUGUAUUUGUGCAUUUGGAAAAUAGUUAUUUAUUCUCUGAAAUUAUGCCAAUUUAUGCUUGCGAUCUAACUCAUGAAAAAAUAAUCUGUAUCAAUCAAAAUGCUAGAUUUUUAUAUUAUUAAGAUAAAAAUGGCAUUGCUCAGAAUUACUGACACUGUUGAUAAAUGCAGGUUGCUUAAUGUUACUAUUAUGUUUGUUUGGGAGGGUUUCCUUUUUGGAAAAUCUGUUUUGGGACAUAAUGAGAAAAAGUAAUAUGAGUUCACUUUUUCUAAUAAUUAAUGUAAUAAUGUCUCUCUUUAUAUUUAAAAAAAAGCCAACUUUUGUCCAUAAGGUAGGAAAACUGGCCAUACAAAAUGAAGUCAUAUCAACUUAGAUUAUUCUCUCUUUUAUAUACCUAAAUCCAGGUAAACUUAUAAUGUUAGAAGAGUCUUGGGUACUACUAAUUUUCUUCUACAUUUAGAAGGACUAGAGCUAUUAUCUUGUUUUGAAAGGUGCAAAAUAAUUUUUAAAAAGCCUAGAUAUUUAUUAGAAACAAUCAGUGGACAAUUGCAUGCUUAUCUAAUAUUCUGUGGAGUGCUUUGCCACCUGUGACAUGGUCAAAAACUACAUUAAUGCUAUGUGAAGACAGUUGAAGUAAGAGAUGUAAUGCCAAUCUCUUAAGAGUGGCAAAGCAUUGCUGGAAUGUUAAGUAUCUCCCAUAACGCAAAAUUUCUUCCAUCUUUAUUUUUUCUCCUUUUAGCAAGGUUUAUUGACUGCUUCAGUUUCUGCUAUAUUAACUAAAUUAACUUACAUGGUUCCUAUUUACAGAAUUUGAAGAUUUCCCCUUCUCCUACAGAGAUCCUCUCUAACACCCUCCUCUAAUCAAUACUUUCCAUUCAAUAGCUUUUUAAAAAACACACAGUAAAAUAUUUAUUUUAAUUUAGAAAAAGGAAAACUACCAUUUGAAACUAAAGGAUUCCUCAAUCCCUUUUCCCAAUUCGCUUAGUUACAUGGGCUUAACUUUGCACACAAUAACCUAAUUUAGAAAACAGCAGAAAAAUUUGAUGAUUUUAAUAACUAUUUUCUAUCUAUUUUUUCUAGCUGACUUAGGAUGACAAUGAAAGGGAUCAAGGUUACUUUGCUUAGUCUCACUUCAUCUGUACUUUAUUAAAUAUAAAGUCUUCCUUACAAAGCAUCCCCUUUACUUGAUUUUUGCUUCUAUUUUUCUUUUCAACUCCAAUUUUGUUUUUUUCCCCCAAUUAUCGUCAACAAAUAUUUAACCUGCUGGUUUUGUGAAGGCAGUCUAAUUUCUGCAAAAGAAAUCUUAUAGUAUUUCACAUAUUUCAAAAAUCUCCCAAGCCCUGAUGCAAAUAAAAGCUACAGAAAUUAAAAUUACAGUACUUAGGCAUGACAUCAACCCCGAAGUGUGAACCAUUUUCAUUGUUGAAUUUUCGAUCCAAUUGAAAUGGAGAUCUUACAGACUACUGCAACAAAAUAAACAUUGAGAAAAUUCAUAUUAAGAAAUUGUUAAUUGUUAAUCUUGUUGAAUGUGAUACUGUAUUGUGGCUAUGUUGAUAAAGUCUUUAUUAUAUAACUAUAAUGAAGUUCUUAUGAGUGGAAUUAUAUGACUUCUAAGAUGUUUUAAAUAAACAAAUAUUUUUACUUCCUUAUUUUUUGGUUGUGGAUAAAGCCUAUACAUUGAAUGUAAACAUAUACUUGCUAACUCUGAUACUAUACUAUUUAUACUUGCUAACUCUGAUACUAUUAUGCCUAUGCUUUGCAUAAGCAAUGAAACUUAAUAAACUAUCUUUCCUCCUGCUUAGAGUAUUUUUAAUGGUGAGAAUAAUACAUUGAUUAACCCAGUAUGUACCGAAAUUCAGAUACUCACAUACAAAUGGAAAAGCAUUUCUACUUAUUUUAUUUAAUGUAUUUUAAAGCCAAAUUAGUUUCAAACUGAAAUGUUUUUUAAAUUGAAUCUUUAAAUUAUAUUACAAAUGGAAAAGUGACUUUUUUCCAAGUCCACAUAAAUAUUAAUAAUGGCUAUAAAAUAAAAAUAUUCCAUGUACUACCUAAAUAUGUUUCAAAUGCCAUUUGUAGUAAGUAUGUCAACCUUUGAGAAAUUCAUUAAUAUAUGCUACCAAAUUGGAGACACAACAUAGGAUGAACUAAGAACAAGAAUAAUAUCUUUAUAAUUCCCCAUUUUCAGAAAUACACAUCCAAACAAUUAGUGAAAAUAGAAAAAAUUGCUCAAUUGGCUCCAUUGUGCUCAAUUUAAUUAGAUAAACGCAUAUCAAAACAACAACGUGAUACUAUUGUUUAUCCAUAAGAUUGGCAAUAUUAAAGAUGGUUAAUAUCUUGUUUUGGCAAGGGUAUGGGGAAGCAAGAGCUUUUAUACAGUGUUAGUGGAUGUAUAACAUAGUGCAGCCUUUUUUGAAGGCCAAUUUGGCUACGUGUAUCUAAAAUUUUGAUGGAUAUUAACAUGCUGUCAACAUUUCUUUUUUUUUUUUGAAUGGCAAGAUAUGUUUAAUUUCAUAAGAAACUACCAAACCCAAUUAAACAAUAGGCAAAGAUUUGAACAGACAUCUUACCAAAGAAUAUAUACAGAUGGCAAAUAAGCAUAUGGAAAGAUGCUCAAUGUUGUAUAUAUCACCAGGGAAUUUCAAAUUAAAACAACAAUGAGAUGUGAUUAUAUUCCUAGUAGAACAUGCUGUCAACAUUUCUACUUCCAGACACAGAUAUUAAUUCUACAGCUAGCGUGCUAUAAGAAGGCAAAGAUGUUUCUAAAAGUAUAUUCUCUGAAACAUUGUUUAUAGUAGCAAAAUCUAUCAAUAGCGAUGAUGCUUAAAGGGACAUUUUAGACAAAUAUUGGUACAUUGGUACAAUGAACUAUGUAGCUAUCAAAAAGAAGAAGGUCAUAUAGAACAAAUAUCAAUGAAUAAUUAACUCUAGUCAUCUUGCUAUAUAGUAGAUCUCUUAAAUUUAUUCUUUCUAUCUAAAUGUAAUUAUGCAUCCUUUGACCAAUAUCUCCCUACCCCUCUUCCAACUAACCAAGGAUCCAGGCUCUGGUGACAACCACUCUACUCUCUAUUUUUUUGUGUGAUUUUUAUUUUUAUU